UCACCCCGCUCGUGCGUUGCAUGCUAAGAAGGGCCCAAUAUACCUUACUGUAAAGCCAGUGAAAUAAAGAAGAAAGUAAUAGAAGAAGAAAGGCAACAGGAGAAGCACUUUCUCUAUUGAUUUAGUUAUAAAAGUAAUAAGACUUCCUCAUUGUUCUCUCCACACUACUGAGCCUAGCAACAAUGGCGUCCGAGAAGGUGGAGACCAUAGUUGCAGGGAACUACCUUGAGAUGGAAACUGAAGGCAGCUCUAAGUCUGCUAAGAGCAAAUUAUCAAGAUUCUUCUGGCAUGGUGGUUCUGUCUACGAUGCAUGGUUCAGCUGUGCUUCUAACCAGGUGGCGCAAGUUCUUCUCACCUUGCCUUAUUCAUUUUCACAACUGGGGAUGUUGUCUGGGAUUCUUUUUCAACUGUUUUAUGGAUUGAUGGGGAGCUGGACUGCGUAUCUUAUAAGUGUACUUUAUGUUGAGUACCGAACUAGAAAGGAGAGAGAGAAAGUAGAUUUCAGGAACCACGUUAUUCAGUGGUUUGAAGUUCUUGAUGGGCUUCUGGGGAAACAUUGGAGGAACGUAGGCCUGUUUUUCAACUGCACUUUCCUGCUGUUUGGUUCUGUAAUUCAGCUAAUUGCUUGUGCAAGCAACAUCUACUACAUUAAUGACAAUCUUGACAAGAGAACAUGGACUUACAUCUUUGGCGCCUGCUGUGCUACCACUGCUUUCAUCCCUUCAUUCCAUAAUUACAGAAUUUGGUCAUUUUUGGGUCUCAUGAUGACAAGUUAUACUGCAUGGUACCUAACCAUUGCUUCCCUAAUCCAUGGGCAGGUUGAAGGUGUGAAGCACUCAGGCCCAACGAAAAUGGUCCUAUAUUUUACUGGGGCUACCAACAUUCUGUACACCUUUGGAGGACAUGCUGUCACAGUGGAGAUAAUGCAUGCCAUGUGGAAGCCACAGAAGUUCAAGCUGCUUUACCUAAUUGCAACACUCUAUGUGCUAACCCUAACCCUACCAUCGGCAAUUUCUGUUUAUUGGGCCUUUGGGGAUAUGCUCCUUAACCAUUCCAAUGCUUUCUCUUUGCUCCCAAAGUCUGGAUUCAGAGACAUUGCUGUGAUUCUCAUGCUCAUACAUCAGUUCAUAACAUUUGGAUUUGCUUGCACUCCGCUCUACUUUGUGUGGGAAAAGUUGAUAGGGAUGCACAGCACCAAGAGCAUAUUCAAGAGGGCUCUCUCUAGACUACCUGUUGUGAUUCCAAUAUGGUUCCUGGCAAUCAUAUUUCCAUUCUUUGGCCCCAUCAACUCCACAGUUGGGUCUCUCCUCGUCAGCUUCACUGUCUACAUAAUCCCUUCCUUGGCACACAUGAUAACCUUUGCGCCUGCAUCUGCAAGAGAGAAUGCAGUGGAGAGACCACCAUCAUUCCUAGGAGGCUGGGCUGGCUUAUACUGCCUGAACAUUUUCGUGGUAGUAUGGGUUUUGGUGAUAGGAUUUGGAUUUGGAGGGUGGGCCAGCAUGAUCAAUUUCAUACACCAAGUGGAUACAUUUGGUCUCUUCACUAAGUGCUACCAGUGUCCCUCACGCAAGGCUUAAUAAUAUAGAGAUCUCUACAAAGAAGAAAAGUUUGGAAUUAAUACAUUUUAUACAGUAUGUAAAGGGAUUGGUUUUGUAAUUUGUGUGUUAACUAUUCCUCUAAGAGAAAGUGUAACCCACCUUUUGGUUUUUGGAAUUCUCCUAAUUCUAGCUCUCUUCUAUGUCGCUUACAUGUAGUGAUCUUUCUGCUGCUCACCUGGUUUUCCAAAUUAGAAAUGAAUUAGGAGCUGCUAUUGCCGCUCUUAGAUCUUUUUGCUCA